UGGUCAAUUACCUUGGCAUGUUAUCGCCCAGAACCUCAUUGACAUUAUCUACAAAAUGAGGAUCUAACAGAGCAUAGUGAAUCAGCAGGACAGGCUGGUGGUGCAGCAAGCAUCAUGAGUAAGCUCACAGAAGUCUGUUCUUUAUCACAUGUGUAAGGGGGAAAAGGUUUAGACAAGUCUCUCGAGUGGUGUUUCGUCACCGAUGGAGAAUUACUUUCAAGCAGAAGCUUACAACCUGGACAGGGUGUUAGAUGAAUUUGAACAAAACGAAGAUGAAACAGUUCCUCCUACUUCAUUGGAUACAAAAUGGAAUAAGAUCCUAGAUCCUCCUCCUCACCAACUUUCAUUUAACUCUACAUUGGCCAAUGUGAAUGAACCUGCAGUCUCUAAUGAGUCACAGCCACAAGUGAAAGUCUCCCCCCUGGCUCAUUCAGCUCCUCUGACCAUCGAGGGAAAGGACCAUUGUGCUAAUGGACAGGACAGUAGUCUAAAUCCAGAGAUUGCCACCAUGUGGAUUGAUGAGAGUGCUGGUGCAGACGAUACACUAAUUAAGAAAAAUUGUAAUCGAGAUGAUCAAUGCAGUGCUGUAGAAGGGGGAGAAAAGAGAUGUGGAAGCCUAGCUUGUCUGCCAGAGGAGAAGAAUGUCCUUGUUGUAGCCGUCAUGCAUAACUGUGACAAAAGGACAUUACAAAGCAAUUUUCAGGAUUGUAAAAAUUAUAAUCAUCAGCCCCUCAUGGAUGCUUUUAGCUGUUCACUGGAUAACGAAAGCAGACAAACUAAUCAAUUUAGUUUUAGUAUAAAUGGGUCUGCUGAAAAAGAUAUAAACUCAGAGAAACAAAUGGAUCCAUUGACUAGACCAAAUGCAGAGGGAAAUUCUGUUAACCAUUUAUGUACUACUUCAUCUGAUAGUCUAGCCAGUGUCUGUUCUCCACAAUUAAAUAAUGAUGAAAAUAUAGCUGAAGAACCCUCCAUGUCAUUAAGUUUAGCAAUUGAUAGAGUGAUCUCAUCACAAGGAACAAAUGAAAGCCCUGCUGUUAAAACCCAGGAGAAUUCUACCCCAGAUGAACUUCUGACUGGCAAAACCAGCUCCACUCGGACAGAUAUAGGUAGUCCAAACUCCUUUUCCCACUUGAAUGAGGGGCUUGUGAUGAACAAAGAAUCACAAGAGGAGAGAACAACAGAAGAAUCCCUCCAGCCUAGUCUACCUUUGCUUCUCAAUCCAGACAUGACCAAUGGGUCUGAGAGGGAUGAGACCUGUGAGCAGUUUCCAGAUUGCCUGGUGCCCAGGGAAAUCAGGGCUGAUGAAAAUAAAGGCUGUGAACAUGAAGAAGUUCUUGACACUACAGAAUUUCUUAAUAUGGCAGAGCAUUUCUCUGAAUCUCAGGAGCUGACUAAUUGGAAAUUGACUAAACUAAAUGAGAUGAGUAGCAGCCAACUAAAAGAAGAAAGUGAAAAUUUUCUGCCAGCAAGUCAGCCUGAGGACACUUGUGAUAAUGGAGGAGAGCAUGAGGGAAUAGCAGAAGCUGGCCUAGAUUUAAAAGGACCUUGCCUGAAUGAAAGUGAAGGAUGUGAUUUCUCCACUGUUACAGAUACACCAGCAGCAAAUUCUUUACUUAAUGGCUGUGAUUCCUGUGGAAUGCAGAGCCCAGUUGUUGCUUUUGUUCCAAAGACUUUACCCUCCAAAGAAGAUUCAGUAACAGAAGAAAAGGAAAUAGAGGAGAGCAAGUUGGAAUGCUACUCUAAUAUUUAUGAACAGAGAGGAAAUGAGGCCAUAGAAGGAGGUGGACUACUUUUAAACAGCACUGGUGACCUAACGAAAAAAAAUUAUUUGCACAAUUUCUGUAGUCAAGGUCCAUCGGUGCUUGGGCAGUCUUCCCCCAAGAUAGCAGCGAACCUGCAAUCUAUCAGUGUUCCUUUUGGUGGUGCAAGACCCAAGCAACCUUCUAAUCUUAAGCUUCAGAUUCCAAAGCCAUUAUCUGACCAUUUGCAAAAUGACUUGCCUACAAACAAUGGAAAUAAUAUUAAAAACAAAAAUGAUAUUCUUGGGAAAGCAAAAUUUGGGGAAAACUCAUCAACCAAUGUAUGCAGCUCCUCUUUGGGAAACAUCUCUAUCACUGAUGCGAAUGGGGAACAUAUAGAAAGUUAUGACACUGGGAUCGCCAGUAGACCGUGCCUUGCAUUAGCUCCAGAGAGCCCAGAUAAUGAUCUCAGAGCUAGCCAGUUUGGAAUCUCUGCCAGAAAGCCAUUUACCACUCUGGGUGAAGUGGCUCCAGUAUGGGUACCAGAUUCUCAGGCUCCCAAUUGCAUGAAAUGUGAAGCCAGGUUUACAUUCACCAAAAGGAGGCAUCAUUGCAGAGCGUGUGGGAAGGUCUUCUGUGCUUCCUGCUGUAGCCUGAAAUGUAAGCUGUUAUACAUGGAUAGAAAAGAAGCUAGAGUUUGUGUCAUCUGCCAUUCAGUGCUAAUGAAUGCUCAAGCCUGGGAGAACAUGAUGAGUGCCUCAAGCCAGAGCCCUAACCCUAACAAUCCUGCUGAAUACUGUUCUACUAUCCCUCCCUUGCAGCAAGCUCAGGCCUCAGGAGCUCUGAGCUCGCCACCUCCCACUGUGAUGGUACCUGUGGGAGUUUUAAAGCACCCUGGAGCAGAAGUGGCUCAGCCCAGAGAGCAGAGGCGAGUUUGGUUUGCUGAUGGGAUCUUGCCCAAUGGAGAAGUUGCUGAUGCUGCCAAAUUAACAAUGAAUGGAACUUCCUCUGCAGGAACCCUAGCUGUGUCCCAUGACCCAGUCAAGACAAUAACUACUAGUCCUCUACCAGCAGAGACGGAUAUUUCUCUAUUUUCUGGGAGUAUAACUCAGGUUGGAAGCCCUGUUGGAAGUGCAAUGAACCUGAUACCUGAGGAUGGCCUUCCACCCAUUCUCAUUUCCACUGGUGUAAAAGGAGAUUAUGCUGUGGAAGAGAGACCAUCACAGAUUUCAGUAAUGCAGCAAUUGGAGGAUGGUGGUCCGGACCCACUUGUAUUUGUUUUAAAUGCAAAUUUAUUGUCCAUGGUCAAAAUUGUAAAUUAUGUGAACAGGAAAUGCUGGUGUUUCACUACCAAGGGAAUGCAUGCGGUGGGUCAGUCUGAGAUAGUCAUUCUCCUCCAAUGUCUACCAGAUGAGAAGUGCUUGCCAAAGGACAUCUUUAAUCAUUUUGUGCAGCUUUAUCGGGAUGCCCUGGCAGGAAAUGUUGUAAGCAACCUGGGACAUUCCUUCUUCAGUCAAAGUUUUCUUGGCAGUAAAGAACAUGGUGGAUUCUUAUAUGUGACAUCUACCUACCAGUCACUUCAAGACCUAGUACUCCCAACUCCACCUUACUUGUUUGGGAUUCUCAUCCAGAAAUGGGAAACUCCUUGGGCUAAAGUAUUUCCCAUCAGACUAAUGUUGAGACUUGGAGCUGAAUAUCGACUUUAUCCAUGCCCACUGUUCAGUGUCAGAUUUCGGAAGCCUUUAUUUGGAGAGACGGGGCAUACCAUCAUGAAUCUCCUUGCAGAUUUCAGGAAUUACCAAUACACGUUACCAGUAGUUCAAGGUCUGGUGGUUGAUAUGGAAGUUCGGAAAACCAGCAUCAAAAUUCCCAGCAACAGGUACAAUGAGAUGAUGAAAGCCAUGAACAAGUCUAAUGAACAUGUCCUGGCAGGAGGUGCCUGCUUCAAUGAGAAGGCAGACUCCCAUCUUGUCUGUGUACAGAACGAUGAUGGAAACUAUCAGACCCAGGCCAUCAGUAUUCACAAUCAGCCCAGAAAGGUGACCGGUGCCAGUUUCUUUGUGUUCAGCGGUUCCCUGAAAUCCUCUUCAGGAUACCUUGCCAAGUCCAGUAUUGUGGAAGAUGGCGUCAUGGUCCAGAUCACCGCCGAGCACAUGGACUCCUUGAGGCAGGCGCUGCGAGAGAUGAAGGAUUUCACCAUCACCUGUGGGAAGGCGGAUGCUGAGGACCCCCAGGAGCACAUCCACAUCCAGUGGGUGGAGGACGACAAGAACGUCAACAAGGGUGUCAUAAGUCCCAUAGAUGGGAAGUCCAUGGAGUCCGUCACCAGUGUGAAGAUAUUCCACGGGUCCGAGUAUAAAGCCAAUGGGAAAGUCAUCAGAUGGACAGAGGUAUUUUUCCUCGAAAAUGAUGACCAGCACAAUUGCCUAAGUGACCCUGCAGAUCAUAGCAGAUUGACUGAGCAUGUUGCUAAGGCUUUUUGCCUUGCCCUCUGCCCCCACCUGAAGCUUCUCAAGGAAGAUGGAAUGACUAAGCUGGGACUUCGUGUGACCCUUGACUCAGAUCAGGUUGGCUACCAAGCAGGGAGCAAUGGACAGCCGCUGCCCUCGCAGUACAUGAAUGACCUCGACAGCGCCCUGGUGCCGGUGAUCCACGGUGGGGCCUGCCAGCUCAGCGAGGGCCCCGUCGUCAUGGAGCUCGUCUUUUACCUGCUGGAGAACAUCGCAUAGGCAGGCGUCACUGUCUUCUCUGCAGACAUGUUGCAACAGCAAGUCAUACCCAAAUCAUUGCACUUUAAAACUGGAUGAUUAAGCUUUUGUUAACACUAUUAUU